AUGUGCUGCUGUCCCUGUUUCCGUGUACUGGUGUUGGUUUUGGCUAUAUUGGCCACCGCCUGUGCUGUGUGUGCCAACAUCUUCCCUGUCUUCCAGAAGGAGAACGAGCUUGUGACGAUGAAGCAGACGCUAUGGUACAAUGAGGUGAUCUUGCCCGAUGGCAAUGAGACCGAGCAGAAGGUGAGUAAGAGCUUGUGCGGGCAGUACAAGCUGUUUUUCCGGGUCUCCGAGGGCACCGCUGUGGGUGCAAUUGGUGUUGGCCUCAUCGUGGUGUUACUUACCGUUAUUCAGAUGAUCUGCAGGGUGUUGUCUUGCUGCUUGGGGUGUUUCACGUCGCUCUUGAUUUUUCUUGCGUUUGCGGCGUCUGGGGUGUGCGUGGCCCUUCUUGUGUAUGGAUAUAUGAAGGGCUACUGCCAGGAUGACACUGCGCUGUCGCCCCUGUACGCUCCCUUCAAGGACCAGGACUACAAAUUCGCGGAGUCCUUCUACCUCAUCUGCGUCGCCUGUGCUCUCUUUCUCAUCUCCUAUUUCUUCCAGUGUUGUGCCUAG